GUCACAUUCGGUGUAGUUUACCCAAGCAAAAAUCACCAAAACCCUAAACUGGAAUUUACUCGCGCAAAAACGCGAACAGCUCAAACGCUCUGUUUCAUAUCACACACUCCAUUUUUUCGCCGUUAUUUCGCAAAAUACUCUCGCAAAAAUACCACGGCGGUGGCCGGCGUAAACCAAGGCGGAUCCGCCAUGUCAUCCUUACUUGAAUCAUGCAAGCUUAUGGACCAAAGCUCCUCAGCUCUAUCCACCGUCGCCAUAGCAUCUGCCGCCCUCUCCUGCGAGGCCGCAAGGGCUAACUUAUCAGCUUUCGACUUGACCGAUUCGGGCGACGGAUCCGUUUCCAAAGAAGACAUCGGGGUUUCUAGCGACAUCAAAGUCUUACUUAACGGUUCCAAAUUGGCAGUGAGUUCUAAUAAAGGUGAUGAUAAAGUUAACACAGACUCGUUUUCUAAGAUCCCUGUUGUUUAUGGAAAUGUGAGGGAAGCUGUUAAGAGCUUGCAUUCUGUUAUUCGUGUGGUUUCGAAUUCGGGCGAGAAGUUAGGGGGAAAAGUACUGCAUUUGUGCUUUGAAUUGAGGAAUUUAGGGGAGGAUAGUUUGGAAAGAGUGAGAUCGAAUUUGGGUUCAGUUGGUGUUGAGGGUUUAAAGGGUAUUUUUGAAAAGGAGUGUUUAAGUGAGGAAAGUUUGAGAAAUGGAGUUAAACUGGCUGUGGAAGCUGGGCUGGAGAAAGAUUAUGUGAAGUUGGUGAAGGAUGUGGAGUUGGUUUUGCGGAUUGUAUGGAAAAUUGUUGCGUGGGAGGCUGUCAGCGCAUUUUUCGUGCUUGAAGGUGUUGAGUUUUUGAAUGAGAAGACUGGUGGAAAAGGAGGAGAGUUUGAUGGAGGGAAUGUGAAAGCGGAAAAGAAGAAAAAAAAGAAGGUUUUGCUUGGGAAGGGAACUAGUGUUAUUGUGGAGAUGAUAAAGGAUAGGUUGAUGAGUAAGGGAGAGGGUUUAGAGAAAAUAGUUGAGGAAUUUUUAUCAUUUUUAGAUCCAAAAAGUGCAGAUUUUGAUGGGUUGUUGAAGAAGGUGAUGGAGAUUUUGGAGAGCAAUGAAAGUAGAAGAAUCCCCAAGACCCCUAAGGGUACUCGGGAUUUUGCGAAAGAGCAAAUGACAAUAAGAAAGAAAGCCUUUUCUAUUAUAACAAAGGUUUUUGAGAGGCAUUGUGCCACUGCCCUGGAUACUCCUGCUUUCGAAUUGAAGGAGACUCUUACCGGAAAAUAUGGGGAGGAUUCAAAAUUGAUUUAUGAUCUUGCAGACCAGGGUGGAGAGCUUUGUUCUCUACGAUAUGAUUUAACUGUUCCAUUUUCUCGGUAUGUGGCAAUGAAUGGUCUCACCUCAUUUAAAAGAUACCACAUAGAUAAAGUUUGGAGAAGGGAUAACCCAUCUAAAGGGAGAUAUAGAGAAUUUUAUCAAUGUGAUUUUGAUAUUGCUGGUCAAUAUGAAAAGAUGGGUCCUGACUUUGAGGUUGUAAGAAUUUUGUCUGAAGUACUAAAUGCACUAAACAUUGGGGAUUAUGAGAUAAAAUUGAACCACCGAAAGUUACUUGAUGGAGUGCUGGAAAUCUGCGGUGUGCCACCAGCAAAAUUUAGAACUAUUUGUUCAAGUAUUGACAAGCUAGACAAACAAUCCUUUGAACAGGUUAAAAAGGAAAUGGUGGAAGAGAAGGGGUUAUCUGUUGAGACAGCUGAUAAAAUUGGCACUUUUGUGAAGAUAAGAGGACCUCCUCUGGAAUUAUUGUCAAAGAUUAUGGGAGGAACUGAGGGUAGUGAGCUUCUUAAACACAAUGCUUCCAAAGAAGCAUUAGGUGACUUGUCCAUUUUAUUUGAUGCUUUGUAUAAAUCAAGGUGCAUAGACAAAGUGGUUUUCGAUUUGAGUCUCGCCAGAGGUCUUGAUUAUUAUACUGGUGUCAUAUUUGAAGCUGCUUUCAAAGGAGGUGUGCAGGUUGGUUCAAUUGGUGCUGGUGGACGUUAUGACAAUCUGAUCGGGAAUUUUGGCACAAAGCAGGUUCCGGCCGUUGGCAUGAGUCUUGGAAUCGAACGAGUGUUGACCAUAAUGGAAGAGAAAGCACAGAACCAGGCAGUCCGAGCCACGGAAACCCAAGUUUUGGUUGCUAUCCUGGGGGAUAAACUCGCUGUAGCUGCAGAAUUGGUCAGUGAGCUUUGGGACGUAGACAUCAAAGCAGAAUAUAAGGUUCAUAAAAAGGUGAUGAAGCACAUCGAAUAUGCCAUAGACUCAAAGAUCCCUUGGAUGGUGAUCGUGGGCGAGCGAGAGCUGAAUGAAGGGAUCGUAAAAUUGAAAAACAUCGAAACUACCACCGAGGAAGCGAUUCCUAGAAGUAAUCUUGUUGGUGAACUACAGCAACGAUUGAAGUUGGACCCAUGAAAAAGGGGUCUCUUUUCCCUCUCAUCAUAAUGCUCUUCUAUUCUCAACAAAGGUAGAGAUUCUCAAAUAUUUGUCUGAACAUACAAAUUUACUUUAGUAAUUGUUGUACUGCAAAUAGAUCCCUGUACUCAUGCUUUUGAUUUUUUUUUAUUUAACCAUAAUUAUAUUUGAGGUUUUAUACAUUUUAUUUUACUUUUGUGAAAUUAAUAUUUCGUCGUCCAUUGUAGGCUUUAACGUUGUAAUAA